AUGUCAACAAAAGUUUCAUAGGCACUUUUAAUAUUGGAUCUAAAAGCCUUGGGGUGGGAGUUUCAUUUAUCUUAGUUGUGAGCUGUCUGAAACAUUAUUUCAUAUCGAAUGCAUAAGCGGUACGUAAUGUUACACGGGUUAUACAUCAUAAGGCUACCUUCAGACCUUAUUCUUGAAUACUUUCUGCAGUUGGAUUCAGUUUUGGAAUAAAAAGAGGAAUAGCCCGCAAUACAUUUAAGCAGCCAGAGACAUCUUUUGCCGCUAAAUCUGGUCUCAACUAUGGGGGGCUUGUUUUCAAGUAAGAAGAAGCCAGAAUCUCGAGUUACUGAUCAAGACAGAGCCAUUCUGGAAUUAAAGAAGCAAAGAGAUCAGUUACGAAUGUACCAGAGAAAAAUUGAUGCAGAGCAAGAAAAGCUGAAAAAUUUAGCCAAACAAUUGUUGAAAGAUGGGAAAAAAAGCAAGGCUCUUUUGUUGUUGAAAAAGAAGAAGAGACAAGAAAAUUUGGCUGAGAAAACAGCACAACAAAUAGAAAAUAUGGAAACUUUAGCAAAUGAUAUUGAAUUUGCCCAAAUGGAAAACAAAGUAUUUGAAGGUCUUAAAGUUGGAAAUCAAGCUUUAAAAGACAUUCACAAGUUAAUGUCAUUAGAAGAGGCAGAGCAAAUAAUGGAUGACACUAGAGAAGCAAUUGAAUAUCAGCAGCAAUUGACCGACAUUCUUGCGGGAUCCAUAUCAGAUGAAGAUGAAAGUGAUAUACUGGCCGAAUUAGAAGCUAUUACAUCAUCAACAGAAAAACAGAUUGACCAAAUACCCAAUUUACCAGAUGUUCCAACUGAGGAACCACAAGUUAAACAACAAGAGAAAUCAAAGGAACCUCGGCAAGAAAGGGUGGCUUUGGAAGCAUCUUGAAAAACACUGAUUCGCUGUUCCCUGGUACUAUUAAAAUAGUGAGAGUGUUGAAAACACUGAUCGCUUCUUGUCUGCGAUGUAAUCAAACAAUAAAGCCUUCAACAACAUUCUGUGUUUUUCAAGCGGUAACAUGGCAUGUUCAGAAUCGGAACUAAUUUUUUUGUACACAUUUCAUUUAUUUUAUGAAAAUUUCCAUAAUUGACUUAUGUGCCCAUUAUUGAGUUCAGAUUUGCCUUAUAAGAAAUUUUCAAUUGGACAUUAUGGUGUUUUUCGAGCGAUAACAUGGCGUGUUCAGAAUCGGAACUAAUUUUUUUUGUAUUUAUUAUAUUUAUUUUAGUAAGAAUUUCCAACAGUGACUUAUGUGCCCAUUAUUAAAUGUUUAGAUUUGCCUUGCUUUGAAAUUUCCAAUCAGUCGCUAUUUUUAACUUAAUUUAUGUAUUAUAUUGUAUCUGACAAAUUACAAAUAUAUAUUGUGCAGUAGAAGUGUG